CGGAGCAGGACUAUCGGGUCUUCGUGCGGCCCAACUAUUUCAUAAAGCUGGAUACAAGGUUACUGUGCUGGAAGCAGAUAAUCGUAUCGGGGGACGAGUAAUGGGUUUUGAAUUGAAAAAUGGACAAAAAGUUGAUCUUGGAGGUCAAUGGGUCGGAAAAACACAAAAACCAAUAUUGGAUCUAUUGAACGAGCUCGGCGUCGAAACUUACGAACAAUACAAUAAAGGUCAAAAAAUACAUUGGCGAAGGAAAGGUGCCACAAAGUCGUUUAGUAGCUCAUCGCAAAUACCGCCAUUGAAUUUCUUUGCUUUACUUGAUCUACAAUUUAACGUUAUUUUGACUUUGGAUCGAUUGAUGAAAGAGAUAAAUUUGGAUUAUCCGAAAAAAUCAAAAAAUGCCGAAUACUGGGAUUCUAUAACUGUUGAAUCAUGGGCAAAAUCAAAAGUUAAAACCACAAGCGCAAGAGAAUUACUAGACGUAGCAAUACGCAUGAUAUGGGGAGCCGAAGCGAAAGAAAUGUCAAUGUUAUAUUUCUUGAUGUAUUUAAAAUCCGGGGGAGGAAUCAUAAAUUUAUCUGAGACGAAAGACGGCGCACAGGAAUAUAAAAUCAAAGGGAGCGCACACAACGUAGCACACCUCUUAAAAGAAAAACUUCCGGAAGAUUCUGUGCUUCUCGAACAUCAAGUCACUAGCAUUCAUCAUGACGAACACCAAGUCACAGUCUUUAGUGGGGAUAAAUCGUUCACGGGAGAUUAUUUAGUGCUUGCUAUUCCGCCACCAGCACAAUGUAAGAUUGCAAUUGAGCCACCACUUGGGCUGCCGCGUAAUAAAUUAUGUGAGAAGAUAUUCAUGGCUGCCAUGAUAAAAAUAUGUAUAGUCUAUGAAAAAGCUUGGUGGCGUGAAAAAGGAUUUGUUGGCGAGGCAAUUCCCUUUGAUAGUUCGCCAGUCAAAAAUGAUGAUGGAUUGUCACCUUUUUCAAUGGUGGUCGAUGGAUGCAAUGAUGAUUUAUCAGUUACUGCCUUGACAGUAUUCGUUUCUGGGAAACAUGCAAUUGCGCACACGAAGUUACCUCAAGAAGAAACAAAGACCCGAAUUCUCAAUCUUCUCUCGAAAAUAUUUUCCUCCGAAGAUGCGAAACAACCAAUCGAGUACAUUGAAAAGAAUUGGUUGCUGGAUGAGUGGAUUGGUGGUGCCCCCGCUGGGAUCUGUCCACCAGGAUGUCUGAGCUAUUACGGAGACGCACUUCGACAACCAGUUGGAAGAAUAUAUUUCGCAGGAACUGAAACAGCAUACAUGGAUAUGGGAUACAUGUCUGGUGCGAUACAAGCUGGCGAACGAGUUGUGGCAGAUGUUUUAAAGUAUGAAGGGGUUGAAAUGUAG